AUGGCUCGCCACAUUAUUGUUGUUGCCCUUUUUUUCAUAGCUAUUGUUGGGGCAUUUGCUGCUGAUAUAUCACCGUCACAAGCCCCAUCAAGAGCUACCAAGACUUUUGCUCCUUAUGGGUCGCCAUCUUCAUCCUCCAAUACUAUCAGCGCUAGCCCAAGCGAGAGCCCUAGCCCAAGCGGGAGCCCUGAGAAAAGCAGCGAAGGACCGUCUGCUGACUCUCCCGAUUCAGAUUCUGAUGAAGAUACCGAUGAAGAUGAAGAAGCUGAAGGACCAGACUCUGGUGAAGACAGUGACUACAAUGCAUAA